AUGGCGCCCGGCUGGGUCCGCAUGCUGUGCGCGGCGGGGCGGCCGCUGUUCCAGGGCCGGGCGCUGCUCUUCACCAACACGCUGGGCUGCGGCGCGCUCAUGGCGGCCGGCGACGGCGCGCGCCAGGCCUGGGAGAUCCGGGCCCGGCCGGGACAGGCGUUCGAUCCUCGGCGAUCAGUCAGCAUGUUUGCGGUGGGCUGCAGCAUGGGACCCUUCCUCCACUACUGGUACCUCUGGUUGGAUCGCCGCUUCCCGGCCUCGGGCCUCCACGGCCUGCCCAACGUCCUGCGCAAGGUCCUGGUGGACCAGCUGGUCGCCUCCCCGGUGCUCGGUGUCUGGUACUUCCUGGGACUGGGCUGCCUGCAGGGCCAGACGCCGGCCCAGAGCUACCAAGAGCUCAAGGACAAGUUCUGGGAGUUCUACAAGGCUGACUGGUGCGUGUGGCCCCCGGCACAGCUGGUGAACUUCCUCUUCGUGCCACCCCAGUUCCGUGUCACCUACAUCAACGGGCUCACACUGGGCUGGGACACCUACCUGUCCUAUCUCAAGCACCGGGCUCCAAGUUCCCUGAUGGCCCAAGGCGGCAUGGCCACUCUGGACACGCGAGUGGACUGAGCCUGACUGCACGACACACCACGAACACUGCCCACCACACCGAGCUGCCCGUCCACUGGGGGCGCUCUGCCCCAGGUAGGCGUCCAGGAGUGGCCUUUGCACCCAGCUGCCCCCUUCCAGGCCUAGAGCUGAUGGCCGCAGACCACAUGGCCACCCUGGACAUGGAGUGAGCUGAGCUGCCCCAGGCUGCCCACCAAGCCGCGUUGCCUGUCCACCAGGGGGCGCUCUGCCCCAGGCCAGGGUCAAACUGGACAUGAGGCCAGGUGGACACUACCCGUCCACCAGGGGGCACUCAGCACCAGGUGGGGGUCCCGCAGUGGCCUCUGCACCCAGCUGCCCCCUUCCACGCCUGGAGCUGGGUCUGCCUCUCCCCUGGAGAAACACAGUCAUAAGGACCAACGCCCACUCCCCCAACCCCACCCCUCAGCCAACGUGAGGUGUCCUGGGGGCCUGGACACGCGUGCCCCCACUCCCAGGGGCUUACGGAGGUGGGGGGAUAGCGGCGUGUGGAGGGGCGGCCCGGCACUCCCGGGAACACGGCUCGGUCCAUUCACUUUAUUGGGUGGUGUGUACUGUGGUCUUAACAUGUCCUAGAUGGCGGGAGUGUGUGACACACGUGACGUCAGAACAGAUCGGGGGUGGGAUACAGUGGGAUGAGGAGGGGGUCCCAAGGGGAUGACAGGGUAGCUGGCGGGACUCUGGCCCCCUGGAACUGACCCCACAGAGACCCUGGUCCCUCCUUGGCGGGCUCACUGCUCAGGAGCCUGGAGAUGGGGGUGGGCCGUCCCCCGUGACCCCGGCAGGUGCCCUGGGUCCCCUCCCCACCCACCCACCCCAACCUCACCCCACCUCCCUGCAACUUGGCUGUGGACUGGAGGCCGAAUUAAAAAACCAGAAAAGAGAAAGAAGUGGGAGGGGUCAGGAAGGUGGGCAGGUUAAAGGGCCACGUACAGCAGAGUGGGGAGGGCAGAGCCCCCAUAAAGA